GACAUAACUACCCCGAAAUAUACUAUAAAACUACAAACGCCUUUGUUGCGUUUUCGUGCGCUAGCAAAAUCAAGCAAACUAUAUUAUUGCAUUGCUCUGCUUCAAGAUCUUAAACCCCAAUUAGUUUCCAUCCAUUUCUUCUUAUUCGUCGCACGUUAACUGCUGCUUGAGAUCAGAUAGAUGGAGGAAGACUUUGAGUUCCCAACUGGAAGCAACAACAUGGAACUUGAAGAUGAAAUGGACAUGGGUAUCCCGGACCCAGAUGAAGCUGUUAUCAAGGUGGGUGAAGAGAAGGAGAUUGGCAAAAAUGGGCUGAAAAAGAAGCUCGUUAAGGAAGGUGAAGGCUGGGAUACCCCCAGUGCCGGUGAUGAAGUUGAAGUGCACUACACUGGAACUUUAGUUGAUGGAACCCAGUUUGAUUCGAGCCGUGAGAGAGGGACUCCAUUUAAGUUCAAGCUUGGCCAAGGGCAAGUAAUUAAGGGAUGGGAUGAGGGCAUCAAAACUAUGAAAAGGGGUGAGAAUGCUGUUUUUACUAUACCUCCAGAGUUGGCGUAUGGUGAAUCUGGCUCUCCUCCAACUAUUCCUCCCAAUGCUACUCUUCAGUUCGAUGUGGAGUUGCUAUCUUGGACAAGUGUCAAAGACAUAUGCAAAGAUGGAGGAAUCUUUAAGAAAAUAAUUGUUGAGGGAGAAAAAUGGGAUAAUCCCAAAGAUCUCGAUGAAGUAUUUGUUAAGUAUGAAGCGCGGCUUGAAAAUGGCACAGUUGUCUCAAAGUCUGAUGGAGUUGAAUUCACUGUUGGAGAAGGCUAUUUCUGUCCCGCCUUGGCAAAGGCUGUGAAAACAAUGAAGAAGGGGGAGAAAGUGUUGCUGACAGUGAAACCACAAUAUGGGUUUGGAGAGAAUGGCAGGACAGCAGCAGGUGAUGAAGGUGCUGUUCCUCCGAAUGCUACCCUUGAGAUAAUGCUUGAGCUGCUUUCCUGGAAGACUGUGUCUGAUGUUAUGAAGGACAAGAAGGUCAUGAAAAAGAUCCUGAAGGAAGGAGAAGGUUAUGAACGACCUGAUGACGGGACUGUUGUUCAAGUGAAACUAAUUGGGAAGCUGGAAGAUGGGACUAUCUUUGUGAAGAAGGGCCAUGAAGAGGAGCCACCAUUUGAGUUCAAGAUAGAUGAAGAGCAAGUUAUUGAUGGACUAGAUAGAGCCGUAAAGACUAUGAAGAAAGGGGAAGUUGCUCUGGUGACAAUUCAACCAGAAUAUGCUUUUGGCCGAUCUGAGUCUCAACAAGACUUGGCUACUGUUCCUGUCAAUGCAACAGUGUACUAUGAAGUUGAGAUGAUCUCCUUCACCAAGGAAAAGGAAUCUUGGGAUAUGAAUACACAAGAGAAGAUUGAAGCUGCAGGGAAGAAGAAAGAAGAAGGGAAUGCAUGGUUCAAGGCUGGCAAAUAUGAAAGAGCCUCAAGAAGAUAUGAGAAGGCAGCGAAGUUUAUCGAGUAUGACUCAUCUUUCACUGACGAGGAGAAGCAGCAAUCAAAGGUGCUGAAAAUUUCCUGCAAGCUUAACAAUGCAGCGUGCAAGCUGAAGCUCAAGGACUACAAGGAAGCUGAGAAGCUUUGCUCCAAGGUGUUAGAGCUUGAUGGUAAGAAUGUGAAGGCCUUGUAUAGGAGGGCUCAAGCGUAUAUACAGCUUGUCGAUUUGGACCUGGCAGACAUAGACAUUAAAAGGGCACUUGAAAUUGACCCUGACAACAGGGACGUCAAGCUGGAGUACAAGAUCCUGAAGGACAAAGUGAGAGAGUACAACAAGAAGGAAGCGCAAUUUUAUAGCAACAUAUUUGCGAAGAUGAAUAAGUUAGAGCAAACAAAUUCAACUGUAAAUAGGCAAAACCCUAAUUUAUUUAAGUCUGUUGUUAUGGUGACAUUGUGCCUGUUGUUGACUGUUUUUCUUGUGUACGGUGUUUGGUAUGGAAAUGCAGAUGGCAGCAAAGCAGGAUCCAAUGCCAAUGACCAUAGAUAGCAAGGCUUAACAGCUUCUUGCAUCCUCUCCCCUUAAUUCUCUCUCUCUCUCCCUGUCAUGCAUGGGAAGAGAAUCAUGGGUGUGCAUUUUGUUCUUAAGUAGUAAAUGGACAAUGGCUUCCUGAAUUGGCGCUGAGCUGGUCAGUUGUUAACAUCAUGUAUCCCUGUUGUGAUGCGUGUAAUAAAGAAACUUUUUCUGUAAA